CAGUACACACUAGGUCAUAGGUACACUGCACAAGCAACAUGUGAGCUUUAACUUAGAACUCAGGUAAAACGGGAUAUCGCCUGAAGCCGAGACAGACACAAAUAUGAAGUUAUUUCGACUUCGAUUCAUUAUUUUGGGACUUCUACUCUGUGUUUUCCAUGUCUGGUGUAGAACUUGUGGUACGGAGUUGACGGACCCUGCGUCUAGUGCCUACCUGGCGGGGGUGGUGGUGGAGGGUCGGGUGGCUCAGACCCUACCCCCGGACCACAGUGACCAAUUCAAUGUUACUAUUAGGAUCAGGAGUGUAUACAAAGGUUCGCCUAGUACUAAAAAGGGGAGAUUAUUGACAAUUGGGAAAUUUGGGCAAGAAAGUGACGAAGAAAAUUGUAUUUAUACCAGUGUUCGACGGGGGUCCACCCGAUUUGUGUUUUUUCUUAAGGAAACGGAACAAAAUUACUAUACUUUAUCAGCAUUCCCAGUGAAAUUUAGCAAGAAAAUUGGACGACAAAUUCGGAAAAUUUUAUGUAAAAGAGGAACGUGUGGAAAACCACCAACUCUUCGAAAAAUUAAAGUACGAAAAUAUAAAACAGGAAGGCCGAUAUUAUUACGAUGUCGAAUAAGGUCUUCAAAACCAGAUGCUGUAUUUACAUGGUUAAAAGACGGGCAGGAGAUACGAUCCCGGCGAGUCCGAAUCAAAUCAUCAAAGAGAGGCUCAAGAUUAAAGAUAAAUAAGGCAAACGCCGGUGAUGGUGGAACAUAUACCUGUAAAGCUACUAAUGUUCUUGGUUCUACCGAAGCUCUCGCUAAAGUUAAAGUUUUGCCGUCAAAACCUAAACCUACCAGAAAAACAACGAGAGGACCAACCACUGAUGUUGUAAGCCAUCCUCCGGCAUUUGUAGCAUGUGGACCGGAAAAGGCUGGCUACUGUCUCAACACUGGGGAAUGCCGCGUGAUCGUGUCCAUGAACGUCACCAAGUGCCACUGCAGAGAACAGUAUCGGGGCGCGCGAUGUGAGGAGCGCAUCAAACAGAUACCAGAUCUGCCCAUUCUGGAUGGAGGCAAGGGUCCUCAGGCACAUGAGAAAGACCGCACCAUAACCAUUAUUGGAAUCGUAAUUGGCAUAUUGAUUUUUGUAUGCAUUUGUAUCGCCUCCUACUUCCUAGCUAAGAAGCGGAGAGAGCAGUUUCUACAACGCCAGGAAGAUAAGAAGCGUAAAAACAGCAAGUUAGACAGCCAAGUUUACAUUCCCCCUAGUUACCGCCUCCUUAAUUCAAUGGACGAUGUGGACGGAGGAACCGCACCCAAGAUCAAAACCCUACCACCGUCACUGAAGGAACACAUAAACAUGGAAACUCAAACAGACGAGACAAGCUUCAUGCCUGUCAAUCCAAAUAUAAAUAUGAGGAUUCACAAUAACCCUCUCAACAAAAUUUCUCAACACCUACCACCCUCACAGGCAAAUUCGCGCAACCGACUCUCUGCAGUUUCUGUAGACGGUAAACCCAGUCGUACCGCUGCUGGAGAUUCUCAUUCACCAAGGUCAUCACGAAGUCGGAGUAUCCCACAGGAUGCCACGCCCGGAACCUCCAAGGAGGCCAAACCUAAGGGCAUAACUGACCCCCCUCCCCCCUAUAAUGGGUGUGCACCUGUCAUACCCGUGUUACGUAUGGACUCUGCGGGAAGUGAGGAAGAGGACUCCCAAAAUACGGAAGCUUUGAUCCCACUCCACAUCAGCGAAGGAGAGGAUGAACGCUCAUUAAAUAGCCCAACCUAUGGGAGCACUCCAUUUGGGGAGAAAAAGAUCUUUAAUAGUCAUGGGAAGUCUGCCUCGUCUCGACAGAUUGAUACCAAGGCGGAGGUUCCUGUUUAUGUGAAUGCUAACGGUGUUGGUUCUCAGUCAUCUUUAACCUCCAGUGACUCCUCAACGACUGGUAGUGCGGACAGUGAGGUUAGCGCUGUGUAUAACUACCCAUUAUACAAUUCCCAAACCAAAGACUAUCCAGACAGCAUUUCCUGGAACGAGCGAGGCUCACCAGAACAUGUGAUUGCUGACAAGGAUUGCCCCGUACUGCCCGGUAAAAAGCCUCAAAUAAAUUAUGUAGAUAAAUCGUACUUGCCGCCCAAAAAGUUGCCAAGGGCAGGCUAUCAUGAUAUGCAUCUGGAGAAGAACAAACUGCGCAAUGUGAAUGUUAGUGAACCGUCUGUGCCAGUCUGAAGGGUGACAAUCAAACACUGCAGUUUCAGCUUUGAACCACAAGUUCACCAAAACUGCCAUUAUGAGAGCAGAACCAUGUGAUAAAACUCAACUGUAAGAACAAAAACUGUUCACCCCAGGUAUGACCUGGAGACAGAAACAUACUGAUAUAUGUUCACCCCAGCACAAGCCAGAGAGAGUACAAACCACAUGUUCACUCCAGCUAAGAUCUCCAGCUAAGAUCUUAGGGCAUAAACUAGAUAUUCGGCCCAGCCAUAGACUGACGUCAGAACUACCUGUUUACGGCUCACCUCCGAGCAGGUGCCAGUACUGUUGUAGCGUUUAGAAGUAGUUGUUGCAUGUUCAGAACACUCACCACUUACAAAGCAUUUUUUCGUAUCAGUUUUGAUCUUGCUUGCAUUUCAGAGAAAAAUUAAUGUAAUCAUUAAUUUUGUCUUUUUUUUCGAACACAUUGACUAUAAUGUCUAUAUCUGAUAAGGGGAGGUAACUAGAAUUUUUUUAGGCUGAACUUGUUUUGUAAGUAUAGGUUACCUAUGCAGAAAUUAUCUGUAUAUAAGUGAUUAUUGUAUUAUUAAUUUAAUAAUAUGCAGUGAACAAAUUUCUUCCAUUCCAUGCAUUUAUGUGAUUCACCAUAAAGAAAAUGUAUCAUUUUCUCACAAAACAGCUUGUCUAGCAGUCCAGACUUAAUAAAUGAUGGGUUGAUGUCUUCUUUUUAAAUUUUAAUGUUUUUAUUUCCUCUGAUAAUCAGUAGAAAUAAUUUUUUGCAGGCAUAAUAAUUAUGUAUUAUAUAUAAGACAAAUAAAUUUUACACAUCAGGAAACUAAACAAAUAUGAAUUUUUUUUUUAAACAUUUUUAUCAUUUAUAUAAACCUGAUCUAGAACUGGACACUAAGCUCAGAUAUCAUGCAAUGUCACAUUUAACCCAGAUCCUUAUAAGGAGUAUCAGAAAUGUGACUAUUUUUAUUGAUAUCUAUAGUAUGAAGAGAUACAGAGGCUGUUAUACUGUUAGGUUAGACUGGACUGCUACUUGGACAGUAUACAGGUGUAGAGAGCUGGUGAUAUGUCAAAUUAUAUGUCUAUUUAUUCUUAGCAUUCAGGAAAUUAUUCUGCUGUAAAGUAAAAUGUCGGAUUAAAACCAAGGAGGAAGUGGUGAUAUUUCGAAGUGCUUGAUUCAGUGACUGCCUUUUAUGUUUAUUGAUUAAAAUUUGCAUUUACACAUGCCGAACUGUGAGCUAGUAUGAAUCUGAUACCUGUGUAUUGUUCCUGUUCGAUAGUGUUGACCUCUAUGUUAACUGUCUGUUUUAUAGAUGUAUAACUGUGUCUUAGUUUAAAAUCCAUCUACUGUGUAACUGAACCCCACGCUUGUGUUAUUAAUUGUGAACCCCACACUUGUAUAAAUGUGAACCUUACAUCUGUGUAAUUGUGAACCCCAAACCUGUAUAAAUGUGAACCUUACAUCUGUGUAAUUGUGACCCCACACCUGUAUAAAUGUGAACUUAAUGUCUAUUUAAUUGUGAACCCCCUGCCUGUAACAAACGUGAACCUCAUACCUGUGUAAUUGUGAACCCACACCUGUAUAUGUGAACCCCAUACCUGUAUAAUUGUGAACCCUAUGCCUGUUUAAAUGUAAAUCCCAUACCUUUGUUAAUUGUGAACCCAAAGCCUGAAAAAAUGUGAACCCUAUACCUGUGUAAAUGUGAACCUCAUACCUGUGUAAAUGCAAACCCCAUGCUGGUGUAAAUGUGAACCCCAUACCUGUGUAACUGUGAACCCAACACUUGCUUAAUUGUGAGGCUAUCUGGGGUUUCCUCUGGCCCAAACACCAGCCUAGCCUGUAGACAGUGGGUUCUAUCUGUGAGAAAGGUCUUAUGUCUGGCGUUUGGGUCCGAGGAAACUCGGGCAAUUGUGAAAUUGUGAAUACACCUGUAUCUUAAUCAUCAAUAUAAUGUGAAUCAGCCUGUGUAAUUGUGAACCCUUUUGCUAUGUUAUGAUGUUGUGCCAUAGCCCGGUCGGGACCAAAGCUAUAUGAUAGUGUACAGUAUAUUAAAUAGCACUGUGUUGGAACUCAUUGUAGGUGAACUCUCUCUGUGGAUCAUUAAAUGGCAAACAUUCCUUUCUUUCAUGCAUAUGUAUAUAGUCCAUUAUAACUAUUUAUUAUGGAUUUACUCUUUAAGUUUUUGUACACAUUCAUAUUGGACAAUGUAUUUAUAGACUGCAUGCUGAAUUUCAUCAUCUACCGGUAUGUAUUAAUUUAUAAAAAGGGUGAUCAACGUCACCGUUGAUAGCCAUUGUAUUAAAAAUGUACCUGUUGCUCUAGUAUAAGUUGCCAUGCGAUUUAUUGUUUACCUUUGUGAUAUAUAGAUAUGUUACCUGUAAAUUUUACCUGUUAUAUAUACAUGUACUUGUAGUCAAGUAUGCUACUUGUACUUACUGUAGUUUGUCUCAUAGUCCUAGAUUAUCCAUAAAAAAAGGCAAUCCGUUCAUGAACAAUCGUUAAGUGUUUUCAAGUCAUCAAUAUUUCAUUGGUUGUUUCAUCAGGUCAAACCGUGUAGGCUAUUGUUAGCUGUAGGUAUCAUUACUUCAAGGUUGUCAUCAAGGACUUUUCACUUCUAUUCAUACAUGCUGAGUUGAAGAUGUUAGAGAGAUCAGUAUUAUUUCAUUAAUAUUUGUUAUUUAAUUGUACAACUUUUCAAUUGCCUAUGAUACUUUUUCCUGUUUAACUUAUAUUAUAUAUCUAUAUCAUUCAGUACAAUGAUGUUUGUAUUAAUGAAAACAUUUGGAAAUGUUUCCAAAUUGUACUGAGCAAAUCAGUUAAUAUUUAAUGUUUUCUGUAAUUUUAAUAGGAAGUUUACCUCAUUAAAUUUUGUGUUGAUAAGUUUCAGAGUUGUAUUACUGGUUUAGAAUACCAAUCAAUGUACAUGUAAACAAUUUCUGUACCUUUUACAAAUGCUAAAUAAAAACAAGAUGCUGACAUGUUGAAUGGAACUCUCUAUUAUUAUAGCAAGAAGGAUUGUGUUGCAAAUAAAAAGUGUCAAUGAAACUGAUAAUACUAUGACAAAAUUUAAUGAUAUUUCCUUAUUAUUGCAGGCAAUGAAAUUGAGCUGACUAUAUAUCAUACCAGUCUGUACAUUGUACUGGUAACAUGGCUGUACAAUGUACUGGUAACAUGGCUGUACAUUGUACUGGUAACAUGGCUGUACAUUGUACUGGUAAUAUGGCUGUACAUUGUACUGGUAACAUGGCUUUACAUUGUACUGGUAACAUGGCUUUACAUUGUACUGGUAAUAUGGCUGUACAUUGUACUGGUAACAUGGCUGUACAUUGUACUGGUAAUAUGGCUGUACAUUGUACUGGUGAGAUGGCUGUACAUUGUACUGGUGACAUGGCUUUACAUUGUACUGGUAACAUGGCUGUACAUUGUACUGGUAACAUGGCUUUACAUUGUACUGGUAACAUGGCUUUACAUUGUACUGGUAACAUGGCUUUACAUUGUACUGGUAACAUGGCUUUACAUUGUACUGGUAACAUGGCUGUACAUUGUACUGGUGAGAUGGCUGUACAUUGUACUGGUGAGAUGGCUGUACAUUGUACUGGUAACAUGGCUGUACAUUGUACUGGUAACAUGGCUUUACAUUGUACUGGUAACAUGGCUGUACAUUGUACUGGUAAUAUGGCUGUACAUUGUACUGGUAACAUGGCUGUACAUUGUACUGGUAACAUGGCUUUACAUUGUACUGGUUACAUGGCUGUACAUUGUACUGGUGAGAUGGCUGUACAUUGUACUGGUGAGAUGGCUGUACAUUGUACUGGUAACAUGGCUGUACAUUGUACUGGUAACAUGGCUGUACAUUGUACUGGUAACAUGGCUGUACAUUGAAGAUAGACUAUAAUCUUUUAUGCAAAUCAUGUAUGAUAUGUGAUGACAGUUUAAAUUGUUAUUAAUAUAAAAUUAACUUAAUGUUAAGUUAUUUAAAAUUCUUAUGUUUAUCUAUUUGUCUUGUUGAGGAUUUAUACAGUUUGUUCUGUUUCUCUCAUUCUAACCGAGUUAAGGACUGUCUAGUGCUCCAACAUAAGACCCUUCUGUCCAGAUAUACAAAAUCUAGUGCUCACAGAGGAGACAUUUCAAUACUGCAGCAAACUUAUGUAACAGCAUUUUAUCAAAUAUGAGUAGAUAACCUGCCUACUUUAGUUAUCAUGUCACAAUCUGCUUCUCUCUUUAUCAAGAAAUCCAGUUUUAUUUAUUGUUCAAUAAAUUCAACCCUGAUCUACCCAAGGAUGAAAUAUCCGUUAACGGUACAGUGUUAUUGAGUAAAAGGCCUACCUAAGGUGUGGACUGUGUAUGGAAUAGAUUGGAUAUGUGGUGCUAGUAGAAAGGUGUGUGGAUGUUUCUGAGAGACCAAGCACUCUUGGUUGUACAAGUUUUGUUUAAAGAUGCUGAGUUUAAGAUGUAUGAAUGUAAAAUGUCAAGGUUCUGUUGCUAAUUCAGAGAUGGUUCCAGAGAUGCGACUUUCCAGGCGGCCGUGAUUUUGGUUUACAUAUAACAUGGGAUAGAAACAUUUCUUGUGGGAUAAGGUAGGAACUAUAAGGUGUGAGAUCGGUUCGGAACAUUCCACCAAAUGAAGACAGGCCGUUCCAGGUGAUUAUAAGAGAGAUGGAAACUUCAUGUAUACAGGGUUUCCUACAAUAACAGUGCUGGCAACACUCAUUUCUGUAACCAACUCUGAAUUUUAAAUCACCAUACUCCAACUUGCCAUGUUGGGAUGUGGUUUCCAUUAUCUACCCAGAUUAGUACCAUUAUUUACCCAGACUCUCUGGGUUACUGACACUUGUGUUUGUCCAGUUUACUGUUCCUUGUAUGUAGUUUACUUGUUAGAUCAGUACAUAGAUGUGAUGUAUGUAUUUUUAUAAAAAAAAAUGUCAAUAAACAUUGCAAAACACUGAC